AUGCCAUCAAUAUUAUCAAAACAAAGUACAAUUGUAAUUUUAAUAAUUGCUUUAGCAUUAUGUGUCGUCACAACAACUUUAGCAGAACCUUAUAAUUUCAAAUAUUUGAAAAAAAGAAGUAGUCGUCUCUUAUAUAAAAGACAAGCAGUCGAUCCAAAAAUUCCUGUUAGUCCAGCUGUAACCUCAUCAACCACAACUCCAAUUGCAAAUUCACCAGCAGCAGUUAAUACUAAAACAGUUCUUACUUCUGUCACCUUAACAUCUGUUGUGCCUGCCAAAACAAGCAAAAAAACCUCAACUUUAGAUGAUGGAAGUACAACAGUUGUCGAGACUGUCGAGCCUGCAAAAACUGUCGUAGUUGUCACGGCAGUUGAUCCUAGUAAUCAAAGUACAAAUACCGAUCAACCUAGCGAGGAUGUAGGUUAUGAUAGUGGAAAUAAUUUAACAGUUCAAUUUUAUUUAUUAUCAUUAACAACCUUAUUCGUCACUUUUACAAAAUUAAUGGAUGAAAUCAAUGAAGCAAAAUAUGAAAAAUUAGUUGAAGAACAAGGCAAAACCGAAGUACCUCGCUCAUGGGCGCAAGUAGUAGCCAUCAAAACUGCUACCACCGUCACGACAACUGCAUCUAGAGUUGAUGGUGAACCUUGUAAUUUUGAGGAUUUGGACUUUCUGGGAUGUUGCAAUCAAGGACCUUUUACUAAUAAUUAA